AUGCCUAAUGACGACGAUGACGGGGAGACGCGCUCAACUGAGGAAGAUCUGCUCAUAGUUGACUGGGACGGUCCGGAUGAUCCCCGUAAUCCUAAAAACUGGUCGUACAAGAAGAAAUGGGCUGCAACGUUAAUCGUCUCCGCGUUUACCUUUAUCAGCCCAGUAUCCUCUUCUAUGAUGGCACCUGCCAGCACGCAAAUCGCCCAACAGUUCGGUAUCACGAACACCUCAGUCAUUGCGCUGAUUACUUCGGUAUUCGUUGCCGCAUAUGCGUUCGGACCAUUAUUUCUGGGGCCCAUGAGUGAGCUGUUCGGUCGCUCGCGGGUGCUUCAAAUCGCGAAUAUGUGGUAUCUCGCGUGGAACCUGGGCUGCGGCUUUGCACAAAACACGGGGCAGCUGAUUGCCUUCCGCUUCCUCGCCGGUCUGGGUGGGAGUGCACCAUUAUCUAUUGGUGGUGGUGUACUUGGCGACCUAUGGAAACCGGAGGAGAGAGGGCAAGCUAUCGCCCUCUACUCAUUAGCGCCAUUACUGGGGCCUGUCAUCGGGCCUACCUGCGGCGCUUGGAUCGCUCAGAGAUCGACAUGGCGCUGGGUUUUCUGGUCCACCACGAUCGUGGAUGGUUUCAUUCAAGUCCUCGGACUGUUCUUCCUGAAAGAGACGUUCGCUCCAGUCCUAUUGGAACGCAAGGCCGAGCAAAUACGGGCCGGUAUGGACCCUGAGAAGGCCCAGACGCGCGAAGUCCGCACGGUGUUCGACAACGCCGACAGACACUGGAAGAACAUCGUCACGAAGGCGCUCAUUCGCCCGUUCUCCUUGUUCUACCACGAGCCUAUUGUGCAGCUCCUCGGCCUGUACAUGGCAUUCGUGUACGGCACACUGUAUCUCUUCCUAACAACAAUCCCCGGCAUCUUCGAGGGAACGUACCACCAACCGGUCGGAAUUGCCGGCUUGCACUACUUCGCGCUCGGAGUCGGCCUCACCGGUGCAUCGCAGCUCAACGCGCGUAUGCUGGACAGGAUAUACAAGUACUUCCAGGAGAAGAACGGUGGUGUCGGAAAGCCGGAGUACCGAUUACCGUCGAUGGUACCUGGGGCAUUCCUACUCCCCGCCGGCCUGCUCAUCACAGGCUGGACUGCUCGCGCUGACGUUCACUGGAUUGCACCUGACAUUGGCAUCGCCUUGGUCGGUGCGGGUACCAUCCUGAACUUCCAGUCGAUCCAGACGUACAUCAUCGACACCUUCACACUUCACGCCGCUUCCGCUCUUGCCGCAGCGACGUUCUUCCGCUCACUUGCAGGCUUCGGUUUCCCGCUAUUCGCACCCGCGAUGUACAAGGCGCUAGGCUACGGCAAGGGUGAUACAAUCCUUGCGUGCUUUGCCAUCGCCGUUGGUGUCCCCGCGCCAUUCCUAUUCUGGACAUACGGCGAGCGAAUCCGAAACGCCAGCAAGUACGCCAGGUAA